CUAUGACCUUAAGUAUCCACUGCCCUCCAGAAUCUUCCAGUUGACAGGUUAUACAUUUGAAAGGAAGUGGCCAUUGGAUGUCUAGCAAGGACAAGACGGGGGGCAGACGUUUGAAGUCCAGAACCAAAUUAUAACUACAGAGAGCUGUCCCUGAUUCUGGGGGAAGCUCUCAGCAGAAGGCUGCAAAGUUACCAGAGAAAAUGGUCCACUGGUACCCACCCCUUCCAGUUCUGGUUACUACUGCCAAAGAGAGUUGAAAGUGGGGGAGGCUUUGGGAGGACCACAGAGAAGAAAGUUUCUGGUUGUAUGCCCAAAGGGAUUGGCUAUCCUUGGGUGGAAACUGGAACCCAUACUUCCUGAAGGAGAGCAGAGGACAAUGGCCUGCCAGGAUAGGCUUUGGGAGAGUAAAGAUCCAAUUCAAGUAUCAGAGGAGGGUGGUUUGUUGCCAAGCUUAGGCUUGGAAGUAGAAGGAUGCUUAUCCAGGCAGCUAAGGACUGAAAAGCUACUAGGAUUUCUUAGACAGGUGCCUGCCUGGUUUCCAUGAUGGAACACGCUUCAGUCGUGAAAUGGACCAGCGGUCACCGGCUAGAGCCCCCGCCCCGGUGGGAGGGGGCGGGACGGUCCUGGGAGAAGGGCGGGGGGCGGGGCCAGGGGCCACUUAAGGCGGAGCCGGGUUCUGGCAGCGCAGGAGCCGGGCAGCAGAGCCAGGCUGGGCUGGCACUCACCCACGACCCCCCUUCCCUGCUAUGAUGGCCCGUCAGUAGCAGGUUCCAGACCCUCUGGGAGCAUGUAGGCUGAGCUAGCGGCAGCCAGGUGUGCAGAGCCACAAUAGCUCCAGGGCACUCUGGGGGCAGCUCUGCCUGCUGCACUCUCUGGUGCCUGGGGAAAUGCCCAACUGACCGGCGAGCUGGUGAGGACAAGAACGUCCCCUUUGGCCCGAGUCCUCUGCAUCCAUGGCGCUGCCGGCCAGGCUGGUGCCCCUGUGCUGCUUGGCACUUUUGGCGCUGCCCGCCCAGAGCUGCGGGCCCGGCCGGGGGCCGGUUGGCCGGCGCCGCUACGUGCGCAAGCAGCUGGUGCCAUUGCUCUACAAGCAAUUUGUGCCCAGCGUGCCCGAGCGGACCCUGGGCGCCAGUGGGCCUGCCGAGGGGAGAGUGGCAAGGGGCUCUGAGCGCUUCCGGGAUCUGGUGCCCAACUACAACCCCGACAUCAUCUUCAAGGAUGAGGAGAAUAGUGGUGCAGACCGCCUGAUGACCGAGGUAAGGAGGACCUCCCCACCUGCGCCAGGGCAUUGCCAACUCCUGUGGCAGCCUGGGAGGCGCUGUAAGGAGCGGGUGAACGCGCUGGCCAUUGCCGUGAUGAAUAUGUGGCCCGGAGUGCGCCUGCGGGUGACCGAGGGCUGGGACGAGGACGGCCACCAUGCUCAGGACUCUCUCCACUACGAAGGUCGUGCCUUGGACAUCACCACGUCUGACCGCGACCGCAAUAAGUAUGGGUUGCUGGCGCGCCUGGCAGUGGAAGCCGGCUUCGACUGGGUCUACUACGAGUCCCGCAACCACGUCCACGUGUCGGUCAAAGCCGAUAACUCCCUGGCCGUCAGGGCAGGCGGCUGCUUUCCGGGAAAUGCCACCGUGCGCCUGCGGAGCGGCGAGCGGAAGGGGCUUCGAGAACUGCACCGCGGUGACUGGGUGUUGGCGGCAGAUGCGGCAGGCCGGGUGGUGCCCACGCCUGUUCUGCUCUUCCUCGACCGGGACUUGCAGCGCCGGGCCUCCUUCGUGGCUGUGGAGACCGAGCGGCCCCCGCGCAAGCUGUUGCUCACGCCCUGGCACCUGGUGUUCGCUGCUCGAGGGCCCGCGCCCGCGCCGGGCGACUUUGCGCCGGUGUUCGCACGCCGGCUGCGCGCGGGGGACUCGGUGCUGGCGCCUGGCGGGGACGCGCUUCGGCCGGCGCGCGUGGCCCGCGUGGCGCGCGAGGAAGCCGUGGGCGUGUUCGCGCCACUCACAGCACACGGGACACUGCUGGUCAACGACGUCCUGGCCUCGUGCUACGCGGUUCUAGAGAGUCACCAGUGGGCACACCGCGCCUUCGCUCCUUUGCGCCUGCUGCACGCGCUGGGGGCGCUGCUUCCGGGCGGGGCAGUCCAGCCCACGGGCAUGCACUGGUACUCUCGGUUCCUCUAUCGCUUGGCGGAGGAGCUACUGGGCUGAAUGCAUCCGACGUAGAAACCUCGAGGCGCCUGCGGAAACCCGGCCGUGUGGGCUGAGAUCUGGCGGUGUGGGCAGCAGAGGAUGCUGACUCGGGAAGGCAGGGAGGAGGGGAUAGGGAGAAAAAUGGACGCGAGACCGGACUGCUUGGUUUAGGGGCAACCUCCAUCGGAGCGGAGAGGAGAUCCCCGGUCAUAGGUAGCUGGGGUCGAUGGUGGAUACUCCUUGAAGAGGACUAUUUCACCUCUUCUUCCCGAGUGCCUCAGCCCCAACCAAUUAUUUUAUUUUAUUUUCUAUUUAUAAAUUGUAAUAUAAUGAUCUGCUUGCCCCGCCUGGCAAGGUGAGGGUCCAGGGCACGGCGUUAACACUGUUUGACACAGCCUGCCAAUCUGAUGUCUGACAUUUUCCUACAGGUGGCCUAAUAAAGGGAAGGCUUGCAGGAGCUUAUUGGAAAAUAUCUCUGUUCAGAGGGGGAUUCACCUCGAGAGGAGGGGAGAAGGGGACUAACUCUGAGUCAAUACCUUACUUCCGACUCCUCCCUCCUUGCCCAGCAAGUCUUCCUGCCUGCUUCCUCCCAUCGGAGGGGGCGUCCCAAGUGAUCAGCAAAGAGAGCCCAGAGUCGUGUGCUUUUCUAGGCUGCUGGUCCCUUCUCCCACCCAGAGAGGACCAGCAUUCUGUCCGCAUGCUUGCAUACCGAAUGUUGGAGGGGCCAGGGUUGUUGAAGGAGCAAGAGGGUCUGCACAUGUCCUUUCUCAUUUACAGAGGCUCCAGUGAGGUCACAGGCUAUUGCAUUACUGAUACUCAGAGAAUUCUGGCCCAUGAUUGGUAGCCUGCAGUCUUGGUCCCUCCCUGAAGGCCCUGAAUCAGGUGCCAGGGUCUGAAUGGGGGUGAUGUUUUAUUCUGGGAUGUCACUGGAUCAACUGGUGAUCCGUGGGAAUCCCCAGUUAAUUUAUAACUGAUAGUCCCCACACACUCUUGGUCAAGAGAAAUAACGGGAUCAGGGGGCUGGAACCUAUCUCUCCUAUCUCUGCUGGGGGCAGAGAACAGAUUCAAGCCCUGGUGUGUGUGUUUAGGGGAAGAUAGGGAGGCUCUCCAAGCAAGGAGCAUAUAUGCAUUACAAUUGGAAC